UCCGUUGAAUCGACACGCCGCAAGAAAUCGACUCCUGAAAUUCCUGCUCUGAACCCUUAGCCGAGCUAAACAGACAAACUUGAAGUGCUUUUUUUGGGUAAUUCCUGACGAUUUAGGGAUGUACUGACGGACGGAGACGAUGAAGAUAAAAGUAUAGCAAUAAGAUGUGCUUGGCCUGCCGGAGGGGAGCAACAGAAGACAGUGAAACUACCGUGGAGGGCAGCAACAGAAGACAGUGACACUACCGUGGAGGGCAGCAACAGCAGACCUUCUCAUGGCCUGCCAGUCUGUCUCCAUCAUCAACAUGGACGAGCAGGCCCUGCUGGGGCUCAACCCUAACGCAGACGCCUGCUAUAGGCAGAAGGCGAUGGUGUAUUUUGAGCAGUUGAAGGAGUCCCAGGAUGCCUGGGAGGUGUGUGCAGAGGCCCUGGCUAAAGGCAUUUACAGUGACGACCAUGUGAAGUUCUUCUGUUUCCAAGUCCUGGAGCACCAGAUCAAGUACAGACAUGGAGGGCUCAGUCCUGCCCAGCAACAGCUGAUCAGAGAAACCCUGAUGAAGUGGCUGCAGGGUCAGUUAAUGAACUCCCAGCCAGAGAAGCCGUUCAUCCGUAACAAGGCAGCCCAGGUGUUUGCUCUGACCUUCGUGAUGGAGUACCUGACCCACUGGCCCAAGUUCUUCUACGACCUGCUGUCCCUAGUGGGCCUGAACCCACACGGGGUCGACGUCUACCUCAGAACACUGAUGGCUAUCGACGCUGAGGUGGUGGACAGAGACAUCCUGCACUCUCCUGAGGAGGUUCGUAGGAACACAUUAAUAAAAGAUGGUAUGAGGGAGCAGGUCAUUCCCAGCCUGGUUGAGUCCUGGUACCAGAUCCUCGGGGCCUAUCAGCAGUCUCACCCUGAGAUCACCUGUCAAUGUCUGGAGGUAGUGGGGGCAUACGUCUCCUGGAUAGACCUCAACCUCAUCGCCAACGACAGGUUUGUGAACCUGCUGCUGAGUCAGAUGUCUGUGGAGGACCUGAGAGAGGAGGCGUGUGACUGUCUGUUUGAGAUUGUCAAUAAAGGAAUGGACCCGACAGACAAGACCAAGCUGGUCGAGUCCCUCUGUCAGGUCCUGCAGUCGGCUGGCUUCUUCAACGUGGACCAGGAGGAGGAUGUGGACUUCCUGGCCAAGUUCUCCAGACUGGUGAACGGGAUGGGCCAGUCUCUGGUGCUGAGCUGGACCAAACUGGCCAAGGGGGGCGACGUGAAGGAGGCCGCCGAGGCGCUGCGUGCCCUCGAGACCAAGGUUCCUCUGCUCCUCCAGCUGUUGGUCCACGACGACGAUGACAUCUCAGCCAACAUCGUAGGCUUCUGCUACGACUACCUGAACGUACUCAAACAGGGGUCCGAGUGGCAGAGUAACAUGCGUCAGGUAGGGAGAGGAGGACAGGAGGCCAUUGAAGAGUACUGGGACUCAGACAAGUUCCCGCUGCUGACAGACCAACAGAAGACUCACGUUGAGGACAUCAUGUUGGCCGUCAUGAAGAAACUAACUUAUGAUGAAGAGUACAACUUUGACAGCGAGGGGGAGGAUGAAGCGAUGUUUGUAGAGUACAGGAAACAGUUGAAGAUGCUGUUGGAUCGCCUGGCUCAGGUGUCCCCUGACCUGCUCCUGGAAGCUGUGGGCAGAGUCUUCAACAACACCAUACAGCGUUGGCAGACGGCGUCCUUCAUGGAGGUGGAGGUGGCCGUCAGGCUGCUGUACAUGCUAGGAGAGGCUCUGCCUGCGUCUCACGGAGCUCACUUCUCUGGCGACACGGCCAAGACCUCCGCCCUGCAGGACAUGAUGAGAACGCUGGUCUCCUCUGGUGUCAGUGGUUACCAACACACGUCUGUGUCGCUGGAGUUCUUUGAGACGGUGGUUCGUUACGACAAGUUCUUCCUGGUUGAACCGCAGCACAUCCCGAAUGUCCUGAUGUCCUUUCUGGACCAUCGGGGUCUGAGACACAGCAGUCCUAAGGUCCGUAGCAGAGUGGCCUACCUCUUCUCACGAUUCGUCAAGACUCUGCAUAAACACAUGAACUCCUUCAUUGAAGACAUCCUGUCCAGGAUACAGGACCUGCUGGAGCUAGCACCUCCUGAGAACGGUUUCCCUGCGCUGCUGACCAGCGAUGACCAGCUGUUUAUAUUUGAGACGGCGGGGGUGUUGAUCGUCCACGGAGAGAGUCCCGCCGAGAGGAAGCAGGCUCUGAUGAGAUCCCUGCUGACCCCGCUGACCGACGCCUUCCGUCUGCUGCUGGCCAAACUGGCCUCUGAGAGGGAGGAGGAGAGGCAGGCUGCGCUGGCCGACUGUCUGAGUCACGCUGUUGGCUUCGCUAGUCGUACCAGUAAGGCGUUCAGCAACAAGCAGACAGUGAAGCAGUGUGGAUGUACUGAAGUCUACAGAGACUGUCUGCAGACCUUCCUGCCUGCACUGAGCUGUCCUGUCCAGAGGGGGUCUCUGCGUAGCGCUGUCCGCUCCUUCCUCCACCGCAUGAUCAUCUGUCUCGAAGAAGAGGUCCUGCCCUUCGUCCCUGCGGCAUCGGAACACAUGCUGAAGGACUGCGAGGCCAAGGACCUGCAGGAGUUUAUACCACUCAUCAGUCAGAUCACUGCCAAGUUCAAGGACCAGGUCUCUCCGUUCCUGCAGCAGGUGUUCAUGCCUCUGGUCCUGGCCAUCUUUGAGGUGUUGUGUCGACCUGCUGAGGACAACGACCAGGCAGCAGCUCUGGAGAAACAAAUGUUACGUAGAAGCUACUUCACCUUCAUACAGACGAUAACCUCCAGCGGGAUGAAUGAAGUCCUGGCCAACCAGGGUGUUGAGAACGUAGAGCGGGUUCUGUUCACCAUCAUCCAGGGAGCUGUCGACUUCCCCGACCCCAUCGCCCAGAAGACCUGCUUCAUCAUCUUGUCCAAGCUGGUGGAACUCUGGGGAGGUAAAGAAGGUAUGGCUGGUUUCCCAGACUUCAUCUAUAAACACAUCGUCCCAGCAUGCUUCCUGGCUCCUCUCAAACCGUCCUUUGAUCUCACAGACGCUCAGACCGUCCUGACGUUGUCAGAGUGUGCUCUGACGUUGAAGAUGAUUCAUCUCAGAAGGGGUCCGGAGUUUAUCCAGUACCUUCAACAGGAGUACCUCCCUUCUCUACAGGUGUCGCCCGAAAUCACACAGGAAGUGUGUCAAGUGCUUCAGCAGCCAGACGCCAAGGUCCUCAAAAACUACAUGAAGGCUUUCUUUCAGCGAGCCAAACUGUAAAUAUGAACCGAGCUGGAAGGAUUGAGAGAGGACACUGGAAACUAAGAGAAGACUGGUAGUGAGAUAGUACCACUCAGUACGGACAGCCGGACGGAGAGACAGACGGACGGAGAGAGAUCUUAAAGACGGAGAGCUUAGCAUAGGAGCGGCCUUAGCACUUCUGAAGGUAACUGCAUAACCCCGCCCAUCCUGUCCACGCGGGAGGGAACGGAGCCAAGACACAAGGAGGCUUUAACUGGGGUGACCACACCCCCCUCCAAUGAUCCAGGACCAAUCAAGGACGUGCUCUCCCUCUGGGGUGGUACCCUGGUCAAGUGAAGAUGUGAUUGGUUGAAUUCUCUGCAAGACAGGAAGUAAACUAGAGUAUAGGCUUAUGGAACAAGGCUUCCAUAUUAGACUACCAAGUAUCCUUUAACAGGCCUCAUCUGUCUGUUGGUAAUGAUCCAACAAUGACCUGAACACAAUCUAACGAUUAGGAUUUAUUCCUUUAUAAAAAUGUUGUUUUUUUUGUUGUUUUUUUAAAAACAUUUUCAAGAUAUCUUUCAUUUGAGUGGUUGAACGUGGAGGUUUUGUUUCUCUUUGCCCUGUGAAUGAAUUGAUGGACUAAAUAAAAGGGCUGGCUUGA